CAGCAGGUGUGAGUCCUGGUGACUGCCAUUACCUGUUCCUUAGAGAUGGCUCUGCAGACCCCCAGCUUCCUCCUCCCAGCAGCUGUGGUUGUGCUGAUGGUGCUGAGUAGCCCAGGGACUGAGGGCAGAGACUCCUCAAGGGAUUUCGUGUUCCAGUUCAAGGGCCUGUGCUACUACACCAACGGGACGCAGCGCAUACGGAGUGUGGACAGACUCUUCUACAACCAGGAGGAGUUCGCGCGCUACGACAGCGACGUGGGCGAGUUCCGCGCGUUGACCGAGCUGGGGCGGCCGGACGUCGAGUACUGGAACAGCCAGAAGGAGCUCCUGGAGCGGAAGCGGGCCGAGCUGGACACGGUCUGCAGACACAACUACGAGAAGACGGAGGUCCCCACCUCCCUGCGGCGGCUUGAGCGGCCCAAUGUGGCCAUCUCCCCGUCCAGGACAGAGGCCCUCAACCACCACAACCUGCUGGUCUGCUCAGUGACAGAUUUCUACCCAGCCCAGAUCAAAGUGCGCUGGUUCCGGAAUGGCCAGGAGGAGACGACAGGGGUGGUGUCCACACAGCUUAUUAGGAACGGGGACUGGACCUUCCAGGUCCUGGUCAUGCUGGAGAUGACACCUCAGCGGGGAGAUGUGUACACCUGCCAUGUUGACCACCCCAGCCUCGAGAGCCCUGUCACAGUGGAGUGGCGGGCACAGUCCGAGUCUGCCCAGAGCAAGAUGCUGAGCGGCAUCGGGGGCCUUGUGCUGGGGGUGAUCUUCCUUGGGCUUGGCCUUUUCAUCCGUCACAAGAGUCAGAAAGGACCUCGGGGCCCUCCUCCAGCAGACCCCCUCCUCUCCCACACAGGCUCCUACAGUGACCACGAGAGUGUUCUGAUUGUGUUUGAAGAGACAUGGGAAACCUGCCCCCAUCUCUCCGCAUCAAAUCCUGCAAUUCUUCUGUCCCUAGAGAGCCAGAGCAGUUAG